AAAAAAAAUGAAGCGAUAUAGAUUUGGAGCAGGAGAUCACGUUGAGAGCAUCGACAUGGCCAAGGUGGUGAUGCUCCUCUCUCAGGGCGGCGCCGCCGGUGUCAUCGCCGUCGACGAGGGCGAUUUCAUCGCACACUAUUCGACGACGACGACGUCGCCGUCGCCGUCGUCAGGGGCGGCGCGGGUGUUCGAGUGCAAGACGUGCAGCCGGCGGUUCCCUUCGUUCCAGGCGCUGGGCGGCCACCGGGCGAGCCACAAGAAGGCGCGCCUGGCGGCCGGCGGAGGCUCCGCCGCCCACUGCCGCGAGGGCGGCGGCGUCGACAGCAGGCCGAGGGUGCACGAGUGCGCCGUCUGCGGUCACGAGUUCGCCGUCGGACAGGCCUUGGGCGGCCACGACGCUGGGUUGGUGGCGCAGAAGAAAGCCGGCGAGGAGCAUCGCCGGAGUGAGAUGAUGCUGGAUUUGAACCUGUCGCCGAUGGAGAAUGAUCUCAAGCUGGGAAUGGACAAAAUAUUAUUAAUGUGA